AUCUCUAGCUGCCUGGAGGCUGACUCAACUGAAAUCAUGGCAUUUGAUGGCACUUGGAAGGUUGACCGGAGUGAAAACUAUGACAAGUUCAUGGAAAAAAUGGGUGUUAAUAUAGUGAAAAGGAAGCUUGCAGCUCAUGACAAUUUGAAGCUGACAAUUACACAAGAAGGAAAUAAAUUCACAGUCAAAGAAUCAAGCGCUUUUCGAAACAUUGAAAUUGUUUUUGAACUUGGUGUCACCUUUAAUUACAACCUAGCAGAUGGAACUGAACUCAGGGGGACCUGGAGCCUUGAGGGAAAUAAACUUAUUGGAAAAUUCAAACGGACAGACAAUGGAAACGAACUGAAUACUGUCCGAGAAAUUGUAGGUGAUGAACUAGUCCAGACUUAUGUAUAUGAAGGAGUAGAAGCCAAAAGGAUCUUUAAAAAGGAUUGA